AUGGCGUCCGAAAACAGCUCUGAUUCCCAAGAUGAGAAAGCUGCUCACAUAGAACAUGACUCAGCCCAAGAUGUACAACAGCAAAGUGGUACAGUUGCGAAACAAAGCGAGUCGAAAUUAACGCUUUAUCACUGGACGCAGUCUUUUAAUUCUCAGAAGGUGCGUCUGGCCAUAGCAGAGAAAGGUUUGCAUUGUGAUGAGUAUAAUGUAAGCCUACCACUCAGUGAACAUAACGAGCCCUGGUUCAUGCGUCUGAAUCCUACUGGUGAAGUGCCAGUCUUAAUCCACAAUGACAAUGUCAUCUGUGACCCAACACAGAUCAUGGACUACCUGGAGCACAACUUCAAUGAUGGGGGCACUCCCAAGCUGGUACCUGAAGAAGGCAGUACAUACUAUCACAGAGUGCAGCACUACAGAGAGCUGCUGGACUCACUAAAGAUGGAUGCCUACACCCAUGGCUGCAUCCUCCACCCUGAGAUCACAGUGGACUCCCACAUACCAGCAUAUGCUGCCACAUGCAUACAAACACAGAUCGGAAACACGCAGUCUGAGCUGAAAAAACUGGCAGAGCAGAACCCAGAGCUUAAAGAUGCUUAUAUAGCAAAACAGAGGCGCUUAAAAUCGAAGUUGUUUGACCACGAUAACAUGAAGUACCUGAAGAAGCUUCUUGAUGAACUUGAGAAUGUGAUGGACCAGGUAGAGACAGAGCUUCAGAGGAGGGUGGAAGAAACACCAGAAGAAGGCACUCAGUCCUGGCUAUGUGGCGAGUUCUUCAGCAUGGCCGACAUCUCUCUGGCAGUAACCUUACACCGCCUCAAGUUCCUCGGCCUCUCCCGCCGCUACUGGGGCAACGGUAACCGUGUCAACUUGGAAACAUACUAUGAGCGUGUGGUGGAGCGCCCGGCCUUCAGGAGGGUUCUGGGCCAUGUCAACAACAUCCUGAUAUCUGCUGUCCUGCCUGUGGCGUUUCGUGUGGCCAGGAAGAACGCACCAGUAAUUGUUGGUACGACUCUGCUGAUAAGCAUUCUAGGAGGAGCUACAUACUUUGCUUUUCUUUACAUGAAGAAGCGACUUACUACCUUUAGCUGAGGGAUGUUGAGGUGUUUUGGGACUGAACUGAUGUGGGGGUGGGAGGUAAAGAAACAAAAAAUAAGAGUAAUAUUGCAUACAUCAAUACAAAAAUUUUAAUUGUCUAAAGAUAAAAUACAUAGAAGGAUAUGAUUGAUUAAUAGACAUCGGUCAUAUGUAACUGUAACACACCUUGAUUGUUUUCUGUGUUGCACAAAAUGCACUUUUAGUCAUCCGCAUUCGGUGACUGCUGCAUUAUACACUGUUUUUCCUUUUUUUUUUGUUGCAUUGGUUAUACAGCACAUAUUCCAUAUCGUGUAUAGAAACAUGAGUGGUGUGAAAUAAAUAUAGUAACUAAAGGUACUAUUCCUCUCUGACAAAAUUGAAAACACAUGUCUAAAAAUUUGGACAUUUGACUGUGUGCCAUGCAAUAGUAGUAUAACUUUGACACAAAUAUAUAACCAGUACAAAUAGAUAUUCAUACUUUACUGAAGGUAAUGGAAAGCAAUGGCUGCCUGGAAGAUGGAAACAACCCAUUCACAAAUUCAAAAAAAGGAUUUCUUGCCCUAGUUGUCAGUAUUAAUGUAAGACAUACAUGAUUUAUAGUAAACGGGCUAAAACAUGCAAAAAAAAACACCAGUGUGGUCAUUACAGACAUCUUUAUGUGUACUUAAAGCAUAAUUAAGAGCUUAAUAUGUUUUGCCUUAGAUGUGCUUUGUCAUUUAUUAUUUAAUUGUCGUCCAUACUUUCAUUAUAGAAUUUUUAAAAAGUACAGUAGAAGCCUGCAGCCUGCUUUCUGUAACCAUGUCGGCCCAGCAGUUAUCAUACUGUAUAUCAAAACGUGUACAUUUGACCACAGCUCUGUAGGAACUCCCUGUUAUCACACCUACACUCAUGUUUUACUAUAUGAUUGAUGGAUAAUUGCUUGAAAUAUUCUCUCUCUCUGCUGAUUAAAUUGCUUUUCCAAUCUUGUUUACAACGUCGCCACA